AUGGCUGAUGAGCAGAACCGGCCACUUCUGGAAGAGGAAGCCAGAUCCUCCUCUCCAGGGCCGUCGGAUACCACCAUACGUCCGCAUCAGCCUCGACGGUCCUUCGAGCUAUAUUCCGAGUCAACACCUCUACUUCAUCAUCGUAGCGAUGACAUCCCCAGCUAUGGAGCUGAAGAGCAGCCAUCCGACUUGCAAUAUCCGGAUGAAGAUACUCCGAAAAAGCGCAGUCAUGUGCCAUGGCCAACAAUUAUAUCUUUGGCGGUGUUGACUACUGCAGUCCUGGCCAUCUUGGUCUUCGCCUUCGCUGCGCCGGCCAUAGUCAAGGAAUAUGCCCGAGAAGCUGCAGUCUUCAAGCCCACUGCUCUGUCAAUAGAUUCAACAACUCCAGAUGGUGUACGAGCCAGAGUCCAGGGCGACUUUGUCAUGGACGCCCGUCGCGUGAACAAGAAGCCUAUGCGCGAUAUCGGUCGCUUCAUGACUUGGAUAGCUCACGAAGUGGAGUCUGGAGAAUCAGAUGUGAAAGUAUACAUACCGGAGUACGGCAAUAUACUAGUGGGGAAUGUCCGCUUGCCCUCUAUCAAGGUGAAUAUACGCAACGGGCACGAGACCCACAUCGACUUUUUGGCCGAUUUGACAGCAGGCGAUAUCAAAGGGCUACAUAAUAUUGCUCGUGACUGGAUCGAUGGAAGGCUGGGAAGCCUGAGUGUCCGGGGCAAAGCGACUGUUCAUCCGCGGUCAGGCAUUAUUGGUCUCGGGACCCAAACCCUAAUAGACACAGUAACAUUCGAUGAGAGCAAUCUCCCCCCUCUCCCAAAGGUUGAUAUUACUCAAAUGGACGUGCGUGACACUGCCAAUGGCGCGCUAUCUGUCGAUGUUCAAGCAUCAGCAAACAUCGAUUCGCCAGUGGCACUGAUGAUUCCUGCCUUGGAAUUCUCCAUUUAUGUACCAAACUGCUCGCCAGACGACCCGUAUAUCCUCGUUGCUGACGCCAAAACCGCCGAAAUCAAUGUCCGUCCGGGCAGCCCAACCGCAGUUGGCGCACAAGGCCUGGUCAAGCAGUUGCCGGAUGAACUGAUCACUGCUUGUCCAAGCGGAGAUGGGUCACCGCUAGAUCUUUUGGUCUCCAAUUACGUGCAGGGCCGUCCAUCCACCAUUUACGUCCGGGGUGCAGAGUCGCCGUCAAGUGAAACCCCAACGUGGAUAGCCGAUCUUCUUCGAAGCGUGACUGUCCCGCUGCCGUUCGAAGGAGACCUUUUGGACGAUAUGAUGAAGAACUUUACCAUGACCGACACUCAUGUCUCACUGCCCGACCCAUUUGCCGAACCAGGCGCUCCGGACGCGCAACCCACGGUCUCUGCCCUUGUGAAAGUGUUUAUCGGCCUACCGGCCAACGUCAAUAUCUCGGUUGACAUUCCAAGCGUUCGAGCCCACACCAACGUCUUCUAUCACGGCAAACAGUUGGGUAUCAUGAACAUUGAAAAGUGGCAGAACGCCAAGUCAACGAGAGUGGAGCUCGAGGAUGGGUCCGGGGCAUUGCUGGUGGAGUUCUCCAUCAAAAACGUGCCCUUGCAAGUGACCGACAAUGACUUGCUGUCACAAGUUGUCCAGCAAAUGCUGUUUGGUAAGAAGGGGGUAGUACUGCAUGUCACUGCGACCGUAGAUGCAAAGGUUGCAACAGGCUUGGGUCGCUUUGCGGUGCAUGGGAUCCCUGGGGAGGGAGAUGUCCCCGUGAACAUUCCCGCGGGACAAUCAAUCGGCCAUCUGAAUCCUACUGUCGCGUCGAUGGAAUUGGGCGAAACCACCAAGACGUCGCUGGGCGUUAAUGUUCUGGUCAACUUGACAAAUCCGACCGAUCACUCUGCAACUAUUCCCUUUUUUGAUGUCAAGAUGAUAUACAACAAUACGGCUAUUGGCCACUUGAUUGUUCGAAAUGCGUCAAUAGUUCCUGGGAAUAACACUCGUGUUCCCGUCCAGAUGCUGUGGGCUCCAUACGAUGAAAGCGGGCCCUCCGGAGUCGAGCUCGGACGGAAAUUCGUCUCUUCUUAUAUAUCUGGGGCCAAUUUGACCCUCCAGAUCCAGACCCAUGAAGGAACUUUUCCGACUCUUCCAGAUCUUGGAAAGGCACUCUCCGCAAUUCCUUUCAAUGUACCAGUACCUCACAUGUCCAUACCGCGAGCACCCGGUGACGACGGUGAUGAAGAUGGGAAACCUCCACGCUUUAUUCAAGACGCAACACUUCAUCUUUUUUCCUCGACAGUUGAAUUCGCGGUUUAUUCACCCAUGGUAGACACGAAUAUUACCGUCACCUCGAUGGACUCGACAGCAUUCUACGAAGGUGAACCGCUCGGCCGCAUCGAGUACGAUGAGCCCUUCAAUGUUCCACCCGGCAACUCACAUUCACCUCGCUUACCGGUCGAGGUUGACUUGGGAGGUGUCGGGUACGACGCUUUGCGAAAGGCUCUGGGCCAGGAGCUCAUGUUGGACGCUGUGGCUGAAGUUGGCAUGCGGGUGAAGAAUUACGAGGAUAUUGUACAUUACCGUACGAAGGGCAUCGCGGCCAGAGUCCGGUUUUGA